UUUAAUUUUUUGCUAAGGUGUUUGCAUUUAGCAACCAAAUGUACACAUAUUUUGUUUACUAUUUUUACUUUACCUGGAAGUUUUUUUCGUAAAAUAAUAGAAGCCUUUGCUUGCAUCUGAGUGUCUUUGGAUUAAAGUCUGAAGUGAAGUAUUAGUGACGUUAUGCGUGACAAUUCUAAAGAGGAAGAAUAUAGCUCUACACAUAGCAUCAUGGCUAUGCCGAAGCAUAUAUCUUUCCCGGAGUUCGCGAAUAGUUCUGAAUUAUUGAAUGAAUCAAUGAUGUUCCUUUUCACGACUUGCGCUGCGGCUAUGCAAUUUAUUAAUAUUUAUCGAACAAAUUGGUGGCUUCCACAAUCAAACAUAAACAAUACCCUGAAUUUUUAUUAUAUAGAACCUUUUCUAAUAAUUUUAAUUGUGGCUAUGAACUCACGACGUCUAAUCUAUUGUUUAAGCAUGCGAGCUUUGGAUUUGCUAUUACCGACUAAUUACCACCGGCUGUGGCGUAUAUGUAAAUUCCUGAUCGAAGAUAUUAUAUUAGCCAUGCUGGUCUUCUGUAUUGUGAUGAUGUACAACAAUCAGAAUAAUUUAUCCAUUUUUUUGCUAAUAUAUCUAUUUGUUGUGUAUUAUUUAAUUUUUGGUUUAAAAAUUGAACCAUUUUUGCGUUUCAUUUGUGAGAUAAGAGGAGCUUAUUUCAAUGCGUUACCAUUGCAUUGCUGCACUGUUCAACCGCAAGCUAUACGUGAUGAAAUUGAACUACUACGCAAUGAUUUCAAUAAUCGCUUGAAACAAGUAAUUUUCACUUCAGUAUUCAAUGCUUAUUAUGCAGGAUUUUUGCCUUGUUUCUUUGCCACGGCCAUUCAUUACAAUGUAUGGUGGUGUAUGCAACAUAUAAUAUUCGUAUGGCUUAGCGUGCUCACAAUGUCCAUUGUGUUUGCUUUCCCUAGUAAAUACAGUGACAUUUUGCAUCGGGCAGCACUGCAUUUGGGUUGUUGGUCAAAAUUGGAAUUAAGGCCGGGAGCGGAUUGUGUGGUAAGUGCAGCCGCAGCAAAUUGGAAUAAGUCAACUUUGUGGCCUCAUAAUACAGUCACUAAAUGCGCUGGAGAAUUAUAUCGCUGUCAAGGACCAGUGACAGUCGCAUUCCCUAGCAACUCGGGUCACUUAAGAUUUUACAAACUCUUCCAUAACCCGGCCAGCAUUUAUGCAAUUUUAACUGUGGCGCAGGCUUGCAUAAUAAUAGCGGGUAUCUCUUUAUUAUGCUACGCGAUUGAAUGGAAUUUUAUAUUAUCUCUAAGCUUUAUAACAUUAACCAAUCAGUUUACCUUUUUUAAACUUAUGCGUGACUACUUAAUUACAAAACGUAUUUAUCAAACGGAAUGUGCUAUAAAUAUAGAUAAAUUCACCGAUUAAAAAAAAUUUUUUUACAAUCAUCCGAAUAUGUUUUCA